AUGGCUCAUAUCGACGAGAACCAAUCACUGUUUCAAUCUGAAGAGAAGUCUGAAUUGGACAGGGUAGAGAAGCGGGGGUUGGAGGGUGCGGAGGAGGGGCAGGCUGCGGGCUCGGGUAGCACUCCGUCUCCUACAGAAGGCACCAAGGACGCAGCUGCAGUAAAUGAAGGAUUGCAGGACCCGAAAGCGCAAAGCCCCGCGCCAUCACCGGCGGUUGCAGCCAACAAUCCACGGCCUACCCUCGUUCAACUCGGAAACUCCAGUUCGACGACACCCACCGCACAACACAAGAAAUUCAGCGCCAGUAACAUCAACAAGAAAUUCUUGGAGAAGACCUCGGCGUCAGGAUCUGCAGCAAAUACUUCGAAUGCUUCCGGUCACAAAGUCAACGGACCCACUUCACGACCAACUGCAGCUUUGGCCACCUCACAUUCGCGGUUAGUAACGACGAAACUCACCGCUACGCCACAAUCCUCAAGCCCAGGCCCGGGGUGGUCACGGCCGUCGUCUGCUACACCGACCGUUGCUUCGAAUGCCAGUCCUAUACUGGGCUCAACGCCCAACGGAACUUCCCCCCUUCCCCCAGGUUCAUCCAUAGUUGGAUCCACUGGAGCGGCCGUUGUGUCUUCAUCAGCAGCUCAACUUCCUCAUGUUGGGAAGGUUAUACAGCCGCAGCCGCGGUCUGCACUUCUGCAAAUUUCUACUGUCACACCGAAAGGUAGCCCUAAGCCCGUGUGGGGGAACGUGAAGGGCGCCGCAGCUUCUGCGAAGUCAGAUGAGACUGUACAAAACGAUUUCCCUACUGCUGCUGAAGUUGCACAAGGCGCAUCGUUGACACAAAAGUCGAAGGCAGCAGAGUCUAAAGGCGCUGAAGAGGUCAACAUGGCGAAUAAAGCAGUUCGCAACGAAGAGGCUGAAUCAUUUCGUGGUGUCCACUUGGACCCAAAUGCCCACCACUGGGAUGAGAUGGAGGAAGACGAUGACAACUUCUUGGACGGUGUCAUCGAAUUCAACGAUGGUCGACAAUACAAGAUUGAAGCCUCUGCGUCAGCAAGUUCACCUCCUCGCCCUGCGUCUCGCGAAUCAAGUGGGAACUGGCACUCUCGCAAGCCCUCUGCCGAAGUACCUGUUACUAAGGAAGAGCGUUUUGCCGAAGACUUCGACCGUAGUUGGCCACGAUCUAAACCAUCGCCCAGCAAUUCCAGUCGAGGGCUACCAUCCACCACUCACCACGCCCCGCCUUCGGCCCUGGCUUCCCCAAUUUUGUCUCAACAUCACCAUUCACCAACGGAGUCCUCGCGGGUCCUCUUCAACGAACGUUCGAAUAGGCUUGAGCCAUACUCAGCGGGCAACAGUGGCUUCCGGCCCACACAUGACCAGCCUCAUAGCAGCAAGCGAUCCGACUACUCUACCUCACCCUCAGACUUUCGACGAGGGCGGGACCUUCCCCCUCAUGCUUCGGGCAACGUGCAACUACUUCAGAAACAAGGUGCUGACUAUCAUUCCGCUGUUGGCAAUCGCAAUUUCGCUCGCAGGGAUAGUACUAUCAGGGAUCCUACGUCAUCUAGCCACCCUCCAUUACGCAGCCCUCGGAUUUCUGACAGCUUCUCUGGUUCUCAGAUGAGGGAGCGUGACACUCCGCCAGAACGAGGUCGUCGCCUCUCGAACAUGGGCCCGCCUCCUGUGCCUCUACACGCGAGAGAUUCUGAAGGGCGACAACUACCUCCUCAUCUAUCCCAAGCGUCACCUAAAGCACCAAUUCAGCGAUUGCCUUCUCGAGAUAGGUACCCUCAGCCCCCAACGUCGGCGAAACGUCCUCCAUCAUUACCAGCACAAUCUCCGGUCCUAUCGCAUGCAUCUCCUGCAUCUGCGUCAGGCGCUGCAAUCCUUCCACCAAGCCUCGCACCCCCAGAGAUAGACAGUCUACGUAAGGAUUUGAUGCACGAUGCUGCUGAGCGGGCUAAACAGAGGCGACAAGCCGAAGAGGCCGAAAGGGAGAAGGAGCGUGAACGUGCUCGUCAGAAGGCUGCUGAGAUGGCAUCCCAAGCGGCGAAAGAGACCAAGCCUCUUGUGAAGGAAUCAGAGGUCAUCUCUGUCAUUGAAGAAGCAAUCGCGACUGUCGAUCCAUCGGCAGCAUCUUCUAUUCAAGAUGCUCCAGGCUCUGUCCCUCCUACUGCUGCGAAGCCUCCAUUGAAGCGACCCCCUUCUCUCAGAGGUAUCCAACGUCCGCCCACUGAUUUGCCCCGACCUGGGUUUGCUAGGCGCAAUUCUAAUGCUCCUAUAACGCCUACUUCAGCCACAACCCCAGCGGCCCAAGCUAACUCAUGGCGGAACAAGGCCAAUCCGGUAUCCGCCCAAGAGCCAGCUGCAACUUCUAUGCCUCCUGCCCCAUUGUUUUCCGGACCGACGGCUCAAGAACAGGCAGACUCUUCUUUCACCCAAAACGCAGAAGAGAAUUUGGAAGUUGUUGAUUUCUCAGACCUUGGGAAAUUUGUCGGCGUCUCCGACUCUCAAGAGUCAGCUGCACCCAAGGAAGUCGAGGCCACGCGGAGCAAGCCUAACAGGCCCUUAGCUAUCGACUUCUUCCAGGACCAUUCCGAUUCACCGAACUCUGCCGCCCAAUCUGAUACUUGGAAGCGAAAGCCCAGCUUGCAUCAGCCAGAAGCCCAUGCUGACGACAAUGCUGCUACCGAUUCAGGACCACGGAAUAGUUUAUCCUCCCCUAGGCAUACCACUUUCGAAUCGUCUGGGAUGUCAGACAAAGAACCUUCAAGCCCAGUUCGGCCCAAUGGACACGGUCAAGUGGUGACAGUCCCCCAUACUGCAGGCCACGGGCAACAGCGUACCCCACGCUCGCAGACCUUUCCCAAGGAGGCAACAAUGUCAGCCCUCGACGAUGCUAUCUCCAGGAUAAAAGGUGCCAUUGAUGGUAUGCACGAGUCGCAGAAGGAUACGCGUUCAGAGGUAAUGACAGAAGGUCAACAUGGGCACAGUCAUCAAGAUCACCCUCCAACAGUGGGUAAGAGUCAUCGUUGGGUACCUCCAGCUCUGCGGAUCAACCACGAAGACUCUGCUCAUACGGAGUCGCUUUCCACUCGUUGCGAACCACCUCUGUCCCCACGACCUGCCUGGAAUACGUACCACGUACGACUACCCAAAGUAUCUGUGGCGCGCCCGCCUGUCCACAAGCAACAGCUAUCCCAGUUCCACCGAGGCCCGUCAUAUCGUUCCGUUGAAACCCUCUCCAUUGACCCACCCGUCAACGCAGCUAAUCGCCGUGAUUUCUCUCUUAACGAUAUCUUGUUCUGGAUCCCUGGUUUCAAAGGGAAACCCCGAUAUCGGGUGUACGUACCACGACUCUCAGCAUCCCGGCCCAACGGUCCCAGCGGUCUCAACAAUAAUGUCGGCGCCUUUGGUAAGCCUCCAAGUGCAGAUACCUCCUCGUCCUGGAGGAAACCCGUUACUCUCUUAUCUUCGCCACCUCCCGCCAUCAAGGAGGAACUUGAGACUACUAGCCGAUCUCCCCCGCCUAGCACGGCCGUCACACUUGAUCCCGCUCCCUCCAAACCUGAGGCCGAUCUUUCAAAGCAAGCGGAUCAUCCCGUUCGCCAGAAGGUUCAACGGAAAAUGCCCAACGGGGCCGCGGUUGCAGUCUAUCGUGAUUCACGCGUCGUUAACAUCGAGGCGAAGCCUGCGGUGAACUUCAUUGUUGGAAGUGAACUAGACGGCCCUUCAAAUACUAGUCCAGAGGAACCAAAAACCGCUCCAGUCGAGGCAUCUCACAAAGAGACAAAUGGUGACAUCACUCGGGCCCCCGAGACUUCGUCCCUGGCGUCCAGCACCAACACCAACGACAGCAAGGCAUCGAUUGAUCAUGUACCAAGGACGCCGUCAAGUAAUACGUCUAAUCUAUGGGCCAGCCCAGGCAUGGGCAGCUUCCCUGUGAAGGAGAGUCCGGCACGCGAAGGAGUAGACCACCCACAUAUCAAGGAGCUCUGGACAAAUAUCUCGGCGAAUCCAAGUCUUCCUACCAUCAACUCGCUGGAGAAGAUUGAGGACGACUUGCCUGCUCUACCACUCACAUUGCAAGACGUCAAAUCCGAGGGAGGAGAAACGCCGCCGCCUCAAGCCAGCACAAGUUCACGAAUAUCCUCAUUCGACGUUACGCGUGGUUUCCAACAAGUGCCGCCUUCGACCUCAUCCACGAGCCAGCGGCCAUCGCUACCCCCUGCUACCCCUUCUGCUCCCAUCGCUCGACCCUCGUCUUAUGGUUACCCUGUUGCAAGCCCUUCAAAUGCAAAUUGGCAAGCCAUGCCUCAAUAUAACUACCCUAUGAUGCCUCACGGGAUGUACCCUCCGAGCCCAGUACCUGGGCGAAUGCCUAUGAAUGGACAAGCAGCCUACGCUGCUUGGAUCCCUGCUCCCCCAACUCCUGGUCAAGGUAUGGUGAGGCAGAUGACGCCAUCGUCCCCAUUUCCUGUUCAGAUGGUAGCCUAUCCUCCCCCAGGGACUCCAACACUUUACAACACGGCGGCUAUGUCACCCCAAAUGCAACAGGCAGGUAUUGCUCAACCCCGCUCUCGGAACGCACCUAUAGGUAGUCCCGUUGUCGCACCUGCUGCUGCCCACCCGUACUAUGCUGGAAGUCAUAUGAUGAUGCAAUCCCCAAUCCCCCAUCCCCAAAAUCAUGCAUACAUUACUGACCAGAACCGCGGACACAUGCGGCACGACAACGGUCACCCACCAAUGCAACGCCAUCCCGCCCCAAGCUACGGACAGACACCAUCAACACCCUUUCCUUCUCGUCCUUGGUGA